CAUUCUCUCGUACUCGUCACUGACUGCCAGCCGCUAACACACGGAGACAGAAAGAAAGAUGUCUUCUGGCUUGAAGGUUCCGUUGCACUUCGCGCUGCUAUGGACGGCGAUUCUCCAGGGACAAGGCAGAUACAUAGAGAACAACGACAUGAACGAUAACCCGCUUGGGCUUCUAAAUUCGGAGAUGAAGCGAUCACUUUCUCAAGGAUACGUUUACAGUCGAAGUCUUAACUGUGUUGACAUGUUGAGCGUAGAUGGUCAGUUCUCAUUCAGGGCAGAUAGACCACAGCUCAACUGCGCCACCUUCUUCAUUGGCAAUCCUGAUGAAGUUAUCUCCUUGGAGUACAAUAAUGUCAACAUAGAUUGUCAAGGUGGAGAUUUCCUUAAGGUCUUUGAUGGCUGGAUAAUGAAGGGGGAAAUGUUUCCGAGCAUAAUGGACCACACUCUCCCCAUGUCAGAGCGCUAUGUUGAUUUUUGUUCUGGCAGCAACUUCAAGACAACAAUCAGGUCUUCUCAAAAUGCAGCGAUGAUCCUCUUUAGAGUUCACAGGCCUGGAAAUGGGUUUUCUUUUACAAUACAGAAAUUAAUCAAUCCCUUCCCUUGCAAUGUGAUUUCCCAGACACCCGAUGGAAGAUUCACAAUGGUCAUUCCUCAUCAGAAACGAAACUGCAGCUUUUCAAUCAUUUACCCAACAGUAGUCAAGAUCCUGGAAAUGACUCUCGGAGACUUUAAUGAUCUACAGACUCCGGUUAGGAGCUGUGGCGGAAUAACUGAUUUUGUGCAGCUUUUGGGAGGAAAUACAUUAGACACCAGCAGGAUGUACCCAGUGGCUGAAAUUUGCUAUUCAUUCAGUGGAUCAGUACAAAUGAAGGUUGGCUGUGACCACACUGUGGUACGUAUUGUGUCCAGCGGCCAGCAUACAAACCGCCUGACGUUCGAGUACAAGCAGCUGGGGCAGCAGGAUUUGGAGAAGCAGAGUGAAAAUGGGGUUGAGGAUUUCUGCUCACCUGCUGCUGUGCAGACUUCACCUACUCUCUGAUUAAAGGAUUAAAACUGCAGCUCAUCUGUCAAAAUCACAUGAUGGGAUUUGUUGGGGACGUCUGCUCCCACUUUAAUUUAUUAUAACUUUGCCAGGUAGCUGCUACUUUAUCUUUCUGAUUAAUUGAUGAAAUUUGUUGUGGUUCCUGCUGUUUUUUCCAGCCAAUUAGGAAGCAAAAGUCCAGCUGGAUCGGCAGCCACAAGUUCAAUAGGCGGAGAAAAUAGUUUGUUGCUUGCUAAGGCAUUAUUUAAUUAAAAAGUAAUGCAUAUUGUUGUCGAAUUGAUUCUGUCAUGCCAGACUAUCAGCACUGUGAGGUAUUUAAACACUGCAAAUAAAGAUAAUGAA